AUGGUAUAUCUGUUAUUGCCAUUAGGGGGAAUGCUGCUGAGGAUACUAGCAGCCGCAGCAGCAGCUGCUGCUGCUGCAGCAGGUGACAGCCGCAGCCGCAGCACCAGCAACAGCACCAGCACCAGCAGCCCCAGCCCCACGACCCCCCAUGGACGGGCACCAGCAGCAGCAGCUGUUGUUGUUCGCCUUUUGCGUCUGUUGCGCUUUCUGUCAGAUCUUCCUACUCAACUAGGUGUCUGUCUGCUGCAGCAGCAACAGCAGCUGCAGCAGCAGCAGGCCCGAGAGCUGCUGCAUGCAGCAGCAACAGUAUCCACUGCUGCAGCAGCAGCAAGAUUAGGAAUUGCAGUUUCUCAUAGCCACACAAGCGGGGUAGGCACCUGGGCGUGGAGUGAUUUCAUAGGCAGCAGCGGCAGCAGCAGCAAGAGCAGCAACAGCAGCAGCAGCAGCGGCAGAGGCGUGAAGAAGCCGUGGCAUUUGUCUUUGUUUGUUCGCCUACGCUUGGAUUUAACAGGAACAGCAGCAGCAGCUGCCACAGUAGCUGCAGCGGCAGCAACGGCUGGCGCGGCGCCAGGAGCAGCAACGGUGGCAGCAGCAGCGACGGCAGCAGCAAAAGUAGCAGCAGCAGCAGCAACAGCAGCACCAAUUGCUUCAAAAAUGGCGCAGAAGAAGCCCACCCCGAAAGAGGGCUCUCAGCGGUCGUCAGCAAAGCCCAGCAGCAGCAGCAGCAGCAGCAGAAGCAGCAGCAGCAAAGGCAACAACAACAGCAGCAGCAGCAGCAGCAGCAGCAGUAGCAGCCGGAGUGGGAAGGGCAGCAGCAGCUUAAACAACGAGGCUGCAUCGUCGAUCUCAGAAGCAGCAAAACAGGAAGACGUGGCCAAAAGCAAAGCCAAGAAUGAAGUGACUCCAAAGAGCGAUAGCAGCAGCAGCAACAGCAGCAGUAACAGCAGCAGCAGCAGCAGUAGCAGCAGCAGCGCCGCAGCCAAAAAGAAGAGGAGAAGGCAUCCCUUUCUGAGCACAAAAAAGAGGCGAAGGACGGCGACAAGCAGCAGCAGCAGCAGCAGCAGCAGCAGCUCGGCUGCUGGCGCAUCGAAGGCGCCGCGUGAGCCUCGAGAAACCGUGCGCAGCAGCAGCGUGAGCAGCAGCAGCGAGAGCAGCAGCAACAGCAGCAGCAGCAAGGAGGAGGAGCAGCAAGGGGAAGCGGAGAGCGACGACGAGGCGCUGCUGCUGCAGCCGUGGCCGCCAACAGCAGGGGACCUGCGGGAGCCCAGCAGCAGCAAACUGCGCUGCCUCUGGCAGCAGCAGCAGCACCAAGAUGCAGCAGACCGGAGGCUUGAGGCUCUCUUUGAUGUCUUCUGCAGCAGCGCCGUUGCUGCACUGCAGCGGCUGCGCGACAAGCUUGCUGAUGCUGCUGCUCCUGCUGCUGCUGCUGCUGCUGGGGCCCCGGACUUGCUGGCAGCAGCAGCAGCGGCAGAAGAAGACCCCAAAGUGGAAAGCGAGACCCAGCAGCAGCAGCAGCAGCAGCUGGAUGUGGCGCAGCUUGCUUCCUGCGUGCUGCACCUGCUGCCGCCGCCUGCGCCGGGCGGCAGACGCCCCAGGAAAAAGCCGCAGCAGCAGCGCCAGCAGCAGACGCAGCAGCAAGAUGCAGCAGCAGACACGCCAGAAACCCCAGAGCAAAGCAACCCGCAAACGCCAACAGCAACUGUAGAUUCGCAGCAGCAGCAGGCAGACGACGAGACGCAGACGCAGCAAGACUCCCAGCAGCAGCAGCAGCAGCAAGGCGCUGCUGCUGCUGCCCCCGGCACUAUCCGCCGCAGCCAGGGCUUCCUGCAGUUCUGUGCCGAGCUCUCACAAACAGCAGCAGCAGCAGCUGCUGCCAGCUGCGUGCAGGCGUGCAGCGCGAGCAGCGAGGGCAGCAACGCAGCAGCAACAGCAGCAGCAACUGCAGCAGCAACAACAGCAGCUCUGGAGGCAGCAGGGAGCGCGCCAUACUGGGAGUGGGAGGAGAUCGGGGGCGAAGACGACUUAGCAGGAGGCGCAGCAGCGGCAGCAGCAGCACCGGCAGCAGCAGCAGCAGCAGCAACAGCGCCAGACCCCAUGCAGCGGCUGCUGCAGCGGCUCUUCGUGCUGCUGGGACGCAAGUCAGGGCCCCCCAUGAGAGCAGCAAGGUCUGUCCGCCGGCUGCUGCAGGAUAAAGGAGAAGCAGAAUUGCUGCUGCCUCUGAGGCCUUUUGCUGAAUCUUCAGAAGGGCCCACGGAUUGGGCCCACCUCAAGCCGCUGCAGCGUCUUCGCUUCCUGCGUGCGCUGAUCUCGCUGGUUUUGUCAGAAAGCCCCCAAAUCGCGCGGUACGUAGGAGAGGCAGCACCCGAGGGCUUUGGCUGCGACGCGCUCGUGGGAGAAGACGGGGCGGGCCAUCUCUAUUGGCUAGUCACGCAGCAGGGGGACCCUGCGGCCUUCAAGCUCUACAGGGAAGAAGUCAGCCAGCGGCGGUACGAAUUGCUGAGUGAGGACUUGCCGUCGCUAGAGUCCAUAGCGACGAGCCUAGAAGCAGAGGAGGGGAUGGCGGACUUGGCGCAGCAGCUGCUGCAGCAGCACCAGCUGCUGCUGCAGCAGCAGCGGCAGCGCAGCAGAGAAGAGAGACGCCGGAAGGCCGUGGAAAGGCAGCUGGAGACGGCCCAGUGGGGCGUCGUCACGGGGCGUCGGGAGCGGAAGCCAGUGAACUACCUGGAAGUUGAGGGCGAGCUCGAAGAGAGCAGCAGCAAACCGAUCAACACAGCAGCAACGCGGGAGGAGCGGUGGCGAGCGCGACUGGAGAGGAAGGCAAGUGCCUACUUGGCUAGCUAG